AUGAUUGACGCCGGAUCUACCUCCUCAAAAGUUUCUGUAAUGCGUUGGCGUGAUUGGCCUUUUCGGUCAAACGGAUAUAUGGAAGAACUUACAAUGGAGAAAUGUUUCAAAACUUUAUAUAAUUUAGAGCCAGGAAUUUCCGCUUCAAAGGACAGUCCACAAAUGGCUUACAAUACUCUUAAACCCACAUUAACAAAGCUUGUGAAUAAAUAUAUUCCAACCUAUAAACAGAGUUCUGCGGUGUUGUACCUAGGAGCGACUGCUGGUAUGCGACUUGUAAAUUUGGAGUCACCUCUGAAGGCAGACGCGAUUAUUGAUGAUCUACGAAGACAGUUACAAAACACGGGGCUUACUGUUUCAAACCCCUAUUCUGAUAUAAGGAUUAUCAAUGGAAAUGACGAAGGAAUCUUUGCCUGGAUAACAGUAAACUAUUUGUCAAAGAAGCUUGGAGAUGAAAGUGGAAAACGCCCCGAGCCGCCUUAUCAAAUGAUGGGCGCCCUUGACCUGGGAGGUGCCAGCACGCAGAUUACAUUUGUUCCCGCAGACGCCAGCUCGGCAUUAUAUACAGGAAGGCAUCAUCUAUUUGGAAACAUGUAUACCGUGUAUAGUUACAGCUUCUUGUGCUACGGAAAAAGUGCUGGCGAAAAUCGCAUAUGGGCUGAAAUAAUAGGCAAACAAACUACUGCCUUUGCUGGCUUCUACUUUGUCAUCGACUUCCUUUUCCCAUCGGGCGGCAUAGGCCUCACAAGGGAUAAAGUGAAAGCAAAAGUGCAAGAAUUCUGUGGAAUGGAUUGGAAGACGGUUGCAGGCGCUUCUGUAAGCUGGGCUCUCGGGUACGUUAUUGAUGCUUCGGGAAAAAUCCAGAGCCUUGCUCCGAAGAUAGAUCUUGGUCAAACGGCUUUCAUUGGUAGCGUGACGGCUCUCAGUAUCGUCUUCGUGGCCCUUCUGGGAGUUCUCAUUUAUCUUCAUUUAAAAAAAUAA